AUAAAGAUAAUCUGCUUCCUUUUUUUGUGGAAAUGUUUACGUCCUAUGCUAUAUAUGUGUGCUAAUCUAGACGAUCUCGACAAGCAAACAAAGGCUAUGAAAUAAUAGGCUUAAGAAACCUGACGGGAAAAAUAUCUCACUGUAAUAUGGUUUAGUAAUGUGUUUUCCUUGGGACUUGCGCAGUGGGCCAGUAAGCGCUGUCGUAAAAAUAGCCUGUAGCCGACUGGAGAGGUGGAUUGGUUUGUAGCACUCGAUCAACACGUUAAUUCGUUGGGACCGCUGCGAUGGGUUCAUUUGGUGGAACAAUAGUUGUGACAGGGUUUGGCCCUUUUGGUCAGCACUUGGUAAACCCCAGUUGGACUGUGGCACAGGGUUUAAAAGCUGAGGGGUUGGAGGAGGUUACUGAGAUUUAUAUUAAAGAGAUUCCAGUGAGCUAUUCCAGCGCAAAGCAGAUCUUGUCGGGAAUCUGGGAGAAAGUUCAACCAGAGUUGGCUGUUCAUUUAGGAAUAGCCCCUGGGUCUAAAGGCAUCACUCUGGAACAGACGGGGAAGAAUUACGGCUACGUACACAGAGAUGUGUGUGGCCAGUGCCCCCUCGAUCACUGCUGUGUUGAAGGAGGUGUAGACAAGCUGGACUCCAUAAUAAAUAUGAGAUCCCUGACAAAGAAGCUAAAAGCAAAGGGACUGGAUGUAAUCUACUCAAAGGAUGCUGGGAGGUACCUGUGUGAUUUCACCUACUACUGGUCUCUUCACUGUGGGAGGGGCAGGGCUGCAUUCAUCCAUGUUCCGGCCUCGGGCAGUCUGGCCACCCCAGACAAUCUGGUGCCCCAGCUGUGCGCAAUCAUCCAGGCCAUGCUGAGAGAGCUAAGGGCCCUAUCUGAUAACAUCGUGGACAGCACUACUGAUCAGUCAGCACCCGAGGAAUGUUCUCAGCACCUAUUUCCCAACCCCACUGCUGUAACGGCUUUGUGUUAAAGCAUACUGACUGAACUGCUUGGUGGGAGAAAGGCAGAACUUACAAGAGAAAAAGUCUACCAGAUAAGGCAUUUUUCAUCAAACUGUUGAAAGUGACUGUGACAGAUACUGUAUACAGCUGGAACCUCUGGCUCUGCAUUCUUAGUCUCUUCCUGUUCACUGACUGGCCAGACCGCUGGACAUAAUCCAAAUUGGAAUGGUCAAAUACAUUUUCAGAAUAAAAAUCUUUACUUUUAGUCAAUGUAGUGCUUGAAUCUGAUCUCCUUCUGAGAGUCUGUCAUAUCAGAUUGAUAGUUGAGGCCUUGUUAACUUGGCUGAUAAGUAAAAAGGAGGCAGCACUCACAGUGGUGUCUUGCAAACUGUCUGUAAUGUUUUUUUUCUAUCUAUAGUUUUAUCAAUAGUCAAUAAUUAUAAUCAAUAGUUGUAGUUUAAUUCACGAUCUUUACAGUAUGUGUGUGUGUCUUGUCAUUGAAAGUGUAAAUGAAUGUUUCACCAGUCUUGGUUAGAACAAAAUGUGUUUCUUGGGUGUAAAAACAAGCAAACAAACAGCUAAUUGUGUUUCAUAAUGUCCGCAACAAGAUGCCAUCCAUUAGAGAGUGUUGUGGUAUCAUUCACAUUGAAUAACUAGUCUUAGCCAGAAACCUUGUUUCUCAUUCACUUUUAAUUCAAAAUUUAAGAAAAAAAGAAAAAUACAUGAAAUUCUUCAGAUAGACAUUAAGCCAAUGGCAUGUAAAAAGUAUACCAUCUCAACUAGAGGUGGGGGGAGGGG